AAUUUUGUUGUCGUUUAUUCAAUAGAGUUGUAUAUUCCACUUCAUGAAUGAUGGAGUCCAUUAAUUUUAACGAUUUCACACAAAAGGAACGCCACGAUAUCAUAACUGCGUUUCUCAUCAAAAUGCGACAGGCCGAUUCGUUGGCAAGCGCCCAGAACUUCUUUGAGUACUAUUUGAAAAGGUUCUACAAAGUGCCGCCCAUUCUACUUAAUGACAUUGCCUAUUGCCAACGUGCCAUGAAGACGCAUAUGUCCGUAUAUCAACAAAUAGUAAAGGUAUUCGCGCAACAAAAGGAUGCCGAUAUGAUUACCAAGAACAGGUAUUUAGAAGAGUUAGAGGAAAUGCUGCAUGAAUUGAAUGCCGAAUGUCAGUUUUUGUUGUUGCGCCUGCAAGAUGACAUUGACGAAUUCUGCUUGGCCUUCACGAAACAACAACUGCAACCCAAUCAGCAGAUGCUCCAGUCCGUCGUAAGUAGCGCCCUUGUACCUCUCAUCUGCUCUGCGCACAAUCUUAUGAAACCGCACCAUGUGCUGGAGCGUCCUACGGAGCAGGAGCUGCUGCAAAAGUAUUUCACUAAAGGAUCAGGCGAGCAGCAGCGAGAAAUGUCGUAUUCCCGGUCUCUUCUACGUGCAAAACAGCCAAGCGGCAAGGAAAUGAAUUGUUCAAAAAACCCUGUCAGAGACACUAAAGCAUUGAAUGCAACACAAAACGAAUCUGAGCCUCCCCUUGCAACGGUACAAGCGGUGGAAUCGAGUCGCCUCAAUUUGCAGGCUGCUCUAAAGCGCGCACGCAGCAAGCAACUCAGAGCUAGCGAGGUAAGUGGCGGUGAAAACUCCCCGUCUGCUAAUACUGCUUCAAUGGCUCCACCGGACAAAUGCAAAGAGUUGUUCAUGUAUGGCUUUGGACUCUGCACCCAUACCGAACACAAACGUCUGUCUCUGGCUCGUACAAUGGUCAAAAACCCUUAAAACCAAGUUAAUUCGUUAUUGUGAGGAGCUUCAAAUAAUGUAUAUAAAUAGGUGUAUGACACUAUCAUGGUGUCUAAGCAAGUUCAAUGAUUUUAAUGUCUACCUGUGAAUACAACAUAAUAGAUAAUAUAAGUUAUUUUCCUACAUAAAUUGCUUCGAAAUUGUGCAAAUUUUCCUUGAAGCAAAUGCUGCCGCUAUGGAGUCGUCUGCGUCGCCGUAAUGCCAAUGGGGUUAGACGCAGCUCCGCAGUGGCCAAGCAUCGUGCCUAUAACAUUGAAAUUGCAAACGAAUUGUGGUCACUUUGGGGCAAUUUGCAUCCGUCUGCGCCAGUCUUCCCGAACAGUCAACGCGGUCAUCAGAUACUGGCUUGCUGUGUGCUCGCCUGCUGCGCAAGUUGCCUCUACCAGCUGGACGAUUGGAAUGCCCAGCUCUUGGACAGCAUUGUCGUGAGCGGAGAUGCGUAUUAUGCGGCAAGCAUUGCACUCAUCAAACAACGAGAUUACGAGUUUUCUUUGGAAAAUUUGCUCACUGAGUGCACUUUGUGUGCGCUAAAAUUUCGUGUGCAUCUGGAACAUGUGGUUUAUGGAAGGGUGUGCGGCUCCCGCAUGAAUUUGGCCGAUGCACUCGUCUAUUUCUUUAGCCAGCAUCAGUUGGGUAUUAUACAACUGCGUGGUUAUGCUUUGGCCAUUGGCUUUAUACCCCAAUACGAAUCAGGUGGUUUUUUUUUCAUGUACGAUUGUGAGGCGCAGGGAACUCCAUUGUUUGUUCGCUCUCAAGGCACUUCCUAUAUAUUGCGCAUGCGCCGCCUGCAGCAAUUGCUGUACUGCAUUCUUGUGACACUGAGAAAACGAUGUCGAAAUGCCAGCUUCUCCAUCCAUAAAGUGGACGUACUCAAUAAGAAAAACAAUAUAAAAGGCCACAGUUGAGCUAUGAUACAACAAUGUCGAUAAAAUAAUUUUAUUUGGAAACAAAUUGAUAAAUAUUUAACUUUAA